GCCAUAUCCAGCGGCGUUGGCUCCCUUCCCUUAUACUCAACGUCUGACGUAACCAAUCUUCAUCCCUAAACGGGUGUCGUUUAGUUGCAUUUCACCCGCUCCCCUUUAGAAAAAGACAUAUUUAGGGGAGACAUGGAUAACUACAGUGCACCCGCUUCAGGGAAUGGGUUUGGGUCAGAGGAAGAUCCAGCAGCCGCAUUCCUGGCACAGCAAGAAAACGAGAUCGCUGGGAUCGAGAACGAUGAAGGGUACGGCAUUUCCAACGGGGGACAGGUCCAGUCCUCCUUCGAUGGAGCUGAUGAGGCUCUGAAUGGAGAUUUCCAAGGGGUGAGUAAUGGGCCCUCGGACAACUAUGCUGCGGUGGCACAGGCAGACCGCCUGCAGGGGGAGCCAGAGAGCCUACGCCGGUGGAGAGAGGAGCAGCGGGAUAGGCUGGAGGCACUGGAUGCCACGUCGCGCACGCAGGAGGCGGAGUGGAAGGACAGGGCCAAGGUUGACCUGGAGGAGUGGUACUGCAGACAGGACGAGCAGCUGGAGAAAGCUAAGGUCAACAACAGGGUGCUGGAUGAAGAAUUCUACAAACAGCCUCUCUCUGAGCUGAUUGGCUAUGUCACGCACAUUAACCAUCCUUGCUACCGCCUAGACCAGGCGGCCGAGGAGGCCACGGCAGCUGCCGAAAUCGGCGACGACAACACAGACCCAGGGACGGAGUGGCAGCGCGUGGCGCGCCUCUGCGACUUCAGCCCCAAGUCCAGCAAGCAGUCCAAGGAUGUAUCGCGCAUGCGCUCUGUGCUCAUCUCCCUCAAGGAGGUGCCGCUGGUCCACUGAUCUCUCGCCCUGGCCAGUGGUGGUUAUGCAGCUCCAAGUGACCGCACCCCCUCCAAGGAAAAUGCACUACAUCACCGACAUCGCCAGGGUGUCGCCAUGACUCCAUGGACCGAUCUGCGCUCAGACACGCUCGAGGGAAACCCACCCCCUAUCGGCUGUGCCCCUCUUAGGACCAAACCCUCCAUCCCCCCUACCAUCUCACCCCUCGUUUUUCCAGGAAUAAAGAAAAUUGUACUCGUAUACCUGUCCCGCGAUGUACUGUGAAUGUUUGUAUGUACAAUAUAGAGUAUAUAUAUAUAUAUAUAAAUAUACAGCCACACAUGUGGACAAUGGAAAUAUGGUUUUUAACUGUUACACAGGUAUCAGUGUGUUCGAUGGUGUCAUCAUUGGUCUUAAUGUCAAUAAAACUGGAACGAAA